UUACAACUGUUAGUGCGUUUAAGUGGAGACCUCGGCCUCCCAGAGGCUCAAGAUUAUAUGACGCGUCUGCGUCGAGUUGAAAAAUUGAAAGAAGCUCGAGAUCAGCGCCAACUUUCCGCAUCAAGCCGACGCACUGCUUUUUUGGCCGGGCCAACAGCUGGGAGUCGGGAAAACUCGGCGAGCGCCAGUAGUGGGGGUGCUGACAGUCGCGAGGGCAGUGCGUCCCUGUUGAGACAGCAAAACCCUCUUGCCUCGGUGGGCUUGGGUCGUGCUCACGGAUUAACGCAAAAUUCAGGCCAGGCGGGAUCUUUGUUUUCUUCGGAUACUUCAAGCUCUGGUACAUAUGCUUCAUCUGCGAUUGGCGCAAACCUUGGAGGUACUCAAGGCCUAUCCAGUACUAUUGGUGGCUUAGCGCCUCAAGGACAUUCAGGUGUCUUGAAUGGCGGAAAUUAUGGUGGUGUUGGCUAUGGCAAUCGAGAUGCUCCUGGUCUAUCUGGUAAUAACGAGGAAAUGGAUGAGAACCGAAAGUUGUAUAUGGGAGAUAAGGGUGAUCUCAUCUAUUCAGAUCCCCUAGGACCAUCCUCUGAACGCCCCAGAACUGCAGUCAGGUCUAGAUCCCAGCAAGACGACUUUGCAGAAGACGAAGUUGACGACAACCUGCUGCCAGAAUGA